CAAACCUCAGCUGCGCAACGUUUAGGUUUUGGGCAUUAACAGGAAGCUGUACACUGUUAAAAAGAUCACACAGAAGUCUUUAAUCUUCAUUAUCAAGUAUGAAGCAGGAGAUAAUCUAGAAUUCAAUUAUUUGAGCUGCGACGACGAAAAAUGUUUUUUAUAGCCGCCUUUGCUUUUCUCUGCUUAGGAACUUUUUGUCAGGAGACGCGCAGAUUCCCGAGUGAUAUUAAUAACCUGGCGAUCAGUGCCAAAGAGAUCUUUGUGGCUACAGACAACUAUCUUUACAAGCUGAAUCACAGACUGGAUGUGGAGGUGGAAGAGGCGCUCGUCCUCAACAAAUCGCAGUUUAACCGGGUGAAGAUCCUGCUGGUGUGGGAAGAAAGCAGCACUCUCGUGCUGUGCGGUACGGGCGAUACAGGAGCCUGCGAAAUGAGAGAUUUGCACAACGUUUCAAACAUCACCGUGAAGAAAAAAUACAUUGUCCCCACGCAGCUCAAUGGAUCAGCCGUGGGCUUCAUUUAUGACAAUCAUGGUAAAAAAUAUCUGGCAGUGGGGACAUUUGCUACACCUCUAGAGACUUCGCCUGAAAUUGUCACAUUAAGAAGUUUAGAGGGCACCGCCAAUGUAUUUACAAUGCAAGAAGAUGGUGGUGGGUCAUCACCGUCAAUUAAACCUGGGGAGAUAGCAGGAGUUGUCCAACUGGAGUUUGUUGAUGGCUUUCAAAUAAAAAACUACAUUUAUUUUUUAAUCAAUAUGCAAGUUAAUUCGAGUUAUUCAAACGUGACUUUAUUCAGGAUGGAGAUUACGAAGGAAGGCAAGCGUGCGAUUCUGGACUCCUUAUAUAAAACGGCAGUCUUGUGCUAUGCAGGCAAGCCAAGUACGAAGCUGCUCGCCUCCACGCUGCUCCUGCGCUCCGGGGACUCCGCUCUCUGGGUCGGGGUGUUCAGUGCGGUGCGCACCGGUGAUUCCGACAGCACGGCGCUGGGGCUCUUCGACCUGGAGAACAUGACGGAGAAGUGCUCGGAAACUGAGGACUCGGGGUUUCACAGUUUUAAAAAGAGUCCUUGCUAUUUUGACCUGAAGCCCAUUAUUGUUCCACUUGUCCAUGCCUACAUAACAGCUAUUGCAGCAACCACAGUCCACCAGUGGACCAUACUCUUCAUAGGAACUGCACAAGGAAAGGUGCUAAAGAUUUCCAUGGACAAGGACAGAAAAACCAGCUGCCUAGUCUUUCUAUAUCAGUUCAGUAAUCGAGGGUCAGUGUUUUAUAAGAUGUUGAUUGAUCCAGCACAGAAACUGUAUGUUUAUGCAGCUGCUAAGAAUGAGUUUGCUAGAAUUAAAGUAGCUAAUUGUGAGAAGUAUUCCUCAAUGAGAUCAUGCUGGUCGGCUCAGGAUCCUCACUGUGGAUGGUGCACAAGCCUACUGAGAUGUACAUUUUUAAGCGAAUGUAAAGAUUCCCAUGCAGUCUGGAUUUCCAUACCAAAUACACUCACUGAUUCAACACAAAUGAUCUCUUAUGAAAUUACAAAAGCUAAAAAUGGAACUGAGCAGGUUCUUUCAUUUAAUAUGAAGGCUCAGGUGUCUGUCCACUAUAGUGGGAACAGAUCAUUCAGCUGUCAAGUAUCCAUACUUAACAAUGAAAAUGUUCUUUGUGAAGAAGAAAAUGUGUCAUUUCCCAACUGCUCUUGCAGCUUUCCAAGCGUGAAACUUCCUUUAAAAAGUUUAUGUAUCAAACUUAAUUUCAGGAUUGAUUCAUGGAACAUCGUUGAAACUUUAAGUGUAGACUCCUCUUCUGGAUCUAUAAUCACUUCAUACUGUUUAGACUGUCCUCCCAGUGGUUGCCGAUGGUGUACCAAAAAGCAGCAAACCAUGAUAACUUAUAUCUGUUUCAUAGCCGCCUUUGCUUUUCUCCGCUUAGGAACUUUUUGUCAGGAGACGCGCAGAUUCCGGAGUGAUGUCAAUAACCUGGCGAUCAGUGCCAAGGAGAUCUUUGUGGCUACAGACAACUAUCUUUUCAAGCUGAAUCGCAGCCUGAAUGUGGAGGUGGAAGAGGCGCUCGUCCUCAACAAGUCGCAGUCUAACCGGGUUAAGAUUCUGCUGGUGUUGGAAGACAACAGCACUCUCGUGCUGUGCGGUACGGGCGAUACAGGAGCCUGUGAAAUGAGAGAUUUGCACAACGUUUCACAUAUCACCGUAAAGACAAAAUCCAUUGUCUCCACGCAGCUCAAUGGAUCAGUCGUGGGCUUCAUUUAUGACAGUCAUGGUAAAAAAUAUCUGGCAGUGGGGUCAUUUGAUGCAUCUCUGCAGAUUUCGGCUGAAAUUAUCACAUUAAGAAGCUUAGAAGGCACAGUCGUUAAGUUUACGGCGCAAGAAGACUUAGGUGGGUUAACUCCGUCAAUUAAACGUGAGAAUAUAGCUGGACUCCGCCUACUGGAGUUUGUUGAUGGAUUUCAAAUAAAAAAUAUCUCUUAUUUUGUAAUCAAUAUGCACGUUGACUCAAGUUAUUCAAACGUGACCUUAUUCAGGAUGGAGACUAAUAAGGAUGACAAGAAUCAGAUUCUGUGCUCAUUAAAAUACGCGCUAGUCUCGUGCUGUACCGACAAGCCGAUUACGAAGCUGCUUGCCUCCACGCUGCUCCUGCACUCCGUGGACUCCGCUCUCUGGGUAGGGGUGUUCAGUGCGGAGCGCACUGGUGAUUUCGACAGCACGGCGCUGGGGCUCUUCGACCUGGAGAACAUGACGGAGAAGUGCUCGGAAACUGAAGUCUUGUCGACCAGGCCUUCAAAGGACUGUUUUUACCUGAAGCCCAUCAAGAUGCUCCUUGUCCAUUUAAACCUGACUGCUGUUUUGGCCAUUGAAAUUAAUCAGAGGAUUGUGCUUUUCUUAGGGACUAGAGAUGGGAUGAUGCUAAAGGUUGUAAUGGACCAAAAGCUAAAUUUUAUAUGGAAAACUGUUCUGCAUGAAUUUACUGAAGAAAAAGCAGUGUUUAACAAAAUGAUUUUGGAGCCACACAGUGAGCAGUAUAUUUAUGCUGCUGCAGCAAAUCAGAUUGCUAAAAUUAAAGUAGCAAAUUGUGAAGGUGGAACGUUGAAAGAAUGCUGGGAGCACCAAGAUCCCUUCUGUGGAUGGUGCACACCUCAGAACAGGUGCUCAUUUAAAAGUGAAUGCCAGAAUUUAAUGUGGGUGCCCAUGGUUGAAGGACCUAUGCAAGACACAAGACAACUAAUAUCUGUUAAGAUGCUUCAAAAUAAAACGGGUGUUGUUGCUAAAAUAACCAUGCAUGUGAACAGAAAUUUAACCAAAAACUAUUACUGUCAGUUAAGUGGAAAAGAGAACUCACUUUGUGAAAGCUCAUUUCCUCAAUGCACCUGUAAGAUUGAGAACAACACACUUCUCAGUCAAGGUCUUCAGGUCACAGUGAACAUCACUCAGUCCUUACAUUUUUCUGAGAUUUUGAACUUGCACGAUUGCCGUAAUGUAGUUAAAGAGACAAGCAAAACACCUUGUUUAGACUGCAUUAAAGCAGGCUGCUCCUGGUCAGGCUCUACUUGUUCAUUUGCUACUUCUGAAAUGGAAGAAGAAAAGUGUCCUGCAUUAUUGGAGUUGAACAUGACAAGUCCUAAUGAAAUUGCUAUUCGAUUAGCCCAUCCUGAUAAAAUAAAGACUAAGAACCUGACGUGUGUAUUUAAUGGAAAACAAACGAAGGGUGGCGUACUGAAUAAUGACACACUGAUGUGUGAACUAGUCAAUAUGUCCACAUCUGGGGCACUUACUUCAGUCAAUGUUCUUACUGAAAGCAGUAUGAUUGAUAACCCCCAAAGCCUUUCAGUUCCAAGCUGUUUCUUUACUGGACAGUGCAAGGAGUCUGGAUUGGAUGCAAAGAUAACAAUUUUGAUUCCAAAUGAAACCUCUAUUGCUGGGAAAAGACAAGUCAUCAUCAAAGGAAGUAACUUUUGGGGAGGCAAUACAACAAAAGUCCAGUUAACUCAGUUUUUGACUGUCACUGAGCUCCAGGUUGAAUCCUCAACAGAGACUGAAAUAAAAUUUUCCUUGCCGAAGGCAAGCAAGGGAAAAGCAGAACUGUGUGUGAAGUUGCCAGAUGGUAGAUGUCAUGGAUCUAUUUGGGUGACCUAUCGUCACAAACCAUCUUGUGGGAAUAUCUUUCCAAGUACCACGUGGGACAGUGGCGGCAGAUACCUGAAUAUUAAUGGGACAUCAAUGAAUUUAGUGGAAGAAGUAAUAUUUGAGAAUUAUACCAUUACUUCGGAACUUUCGGGCAGCAUUGUUCGUUUUAAAACACCCAAACUUACCAGUCAGCCCUCCAGAUUGCAUUCUGUUAAACUGGUUGUAGUAGGAGAGGAGCUUAUGUGUGAAAUGAACAUUAUGUCAUACCCAGAUGCAGAAUUCCAGGGCUUCACAACAACUGCUGUUGGGAAUCAAUGGCAGAUAACAAUUAAGAAAAGGAGUGAUCAGCUGGGCAUUACAAAAGAUGAAGUAAUUGUCGAUGCCAUUGUCAAUAAUAAAAUAUAUCCAUGUCCUGUUUUGGAGGAUAUAGUUAAUGAUACAAUUAUCUGCAAAACGGAUGCUUCUUUUGGCCUGUCUGGUCUUAAAGUGCAGAUCAGAAUUGGAAAUUUCUCUACUGUUCUUGAACAGCCUUUUAAUUGGUUGUGGCUUUUACUUAUAAUCCCUUUCAUCUUCAUAUUUUUGAUUAUAGGUGCCUGCUGCAUUACUCGUCGAAAAGAAAAGGAACUUUCAAGAAAAUUAAGUCAACAACUUGAACUUUUAGAAAAUGACAUUCGAAAUGAGAUAAGAGAAGGUUUUGCUGAACUACAGACUGAAAAAUCUGAUUUAAUUGAAGGUUCUGUAGUCCUUCCCUUCUUGGACUAUAAGCAUUUUGCCAACAGAAUUUUUUUCCCUGAGGUUGGGUCUAAUUCAAGAUGUUUUGUUAAUGAUAUAUGCACACCUUUUCAGGAUACUCAAGAACUCAAUACAGAUGGAUUUUCCAAGGCAUUAUUUGACCUUCUGAGUAACAAGUUGUUUCUUAUCAGCCUUGUGCACACAUUAGAAGCACAAAAGACAUUUACCAUCAAAGAUCGAUGCACCUUUGCCUCCUGCUUGACCAUUGCUCUUCAUAGUAACCUUGACUAUCUCACAGAUGUUAUGAAAGAUUUGUUGCAGGACCUCAUGGAUCAAUCCACUAAUACACAGCCAAAGCUGAUGCUGAGACGUACCGAGUCUGUUGUUGAAAAACUACUAACCAACUGGAUGUCAAUUUGCUUGUAUGGAUUCCUUCGUGAAUCAGUCGGAGAACCAUUGUUUUUACUGGUUUCAGCUUUAAGUCAAAGGAUAAGUAAGGGUCCUGUUGAUGCGAUUACUGAAAAAGCACUUUAUACUUUGAACGAAGACUGGCUGCUAUGGCAGGCGCAAGACUUCAAUAACCUUAAAUUAAAUGUGACUUUCCCAGCAAGUCCAGGAACUGAUGAUAUCACACUAGAUGUCAAUGUGCUUGACUGUGACACUGUUGAACAAGGAAAAGAGAAAAUCUUGCAGAUUUUUAAGAUGAAAUUUGGUUAUUUCCAGCAAUUUCAGGCAAAGCACAUUGAUAUUGAAUACGAUAAUAAUGGAAUAUAUCUGAGACUCCAAGAAAUUGACCAAAGUUCCAAGGCCUUGGACAAUGGGACAACAGUGCUGAACACUUUCAUGCAUUAUAAGAUUCCAGAUGGGGCAAAAAUCCGGGUGACCCGCAGAACUAACCAACCCAAGAUUUCCACUCAAGAAAGCAUAAAAGAUGAUAACAACUACGACAAAAAGUACUGUCAUUUGAUAAAAGCUGACUUAGAAGAAUUGGAAGAUCAAGUCAACAGUGCACAAAAGAGGAAAAAAGUGAAGCUGAAAGAAGUGUAUCUCACUAAGCUGUUGUCUACAAAGGUUGCUGUCCACAGUUUUGUUGAAAACCUUUUUAGAACCAUUUGGGGCACGCCCAACAACAAGGUUCCCAUUGCCAUCAAGUACUUUUUUGAUUUUUUGGAUCACCAAGGUGAAAAUAAAAAAAUCACAGACCCUGAUGUCUUACAUAUCUGGAAAACUAACAGCUUACCUCUGCGAUAUUGGGUCAAUAUCCUGAAGAAUCCUCAGUUUGUGUUUGACAUGGAAAAGUCCGCUCACUUGGACGGGUGUCUGUCGGUGAUUGCUCAGGCUUUCAUGGACUGUUUUUCUCUAACAGACCAGCAGCUUGGUAAGCAUGCACCCACCAACAAACUGCUGUACGCCAAAGACAUCCCACAGUUCAAGGAAGAGGUGAAGGCAUACUAUAAGCAGAUUAGAGAGUCACCUCCGCUUUCUGAUGAAGACAUCAAGAAUUUUUUAAUGGAGGAGUCAAAGAAACAUGAGAAUGAAUUUAAUGUACAGGCUGCUCUGGGAGAAAUUUACAAGUAUAUUUCAACUCAUUUUACUGAGCUUCUGGAAAGUAUGGAACAAGAGGAAACGCUGCAGAAUGUGAAAGGAGAACUGCUUCAUGUCAAAGAUUUGUUUGAAGAAAAGAAGAUGAUCAGAUGGCAAUAAAUGCAUAUUCAUAGAAACAGUAAACCAGAGAGUAUUGUUUGACAGCGUGAUGCUCUCAGUAGUAAAGCUGUGCUUCACUGUGUUGCUCCACCAUUCGAUGAAAUGUCACAUGGUGACUUACACAGUUGAGGGGCGGCUAUGACAUGAUUUAGUUGACAUGUUCAGCAGGGGCAAUGAAAUACCACCAUCCAGAAUGCACUUGGUAUAACUGAACAAAUGGGGACUCGAGUCAUCUUUGCAAGGAUGUCGUCUCUGAGAAUGGCAUCUUAGAAACCCGACCUUUACCGGUGAAGGGUGAGAGAAGGAAGGGGGAGGCUUACACUUGGAUUUAUUUAUUGGUUUUUCUUUUUUUCCUUUUUAAAACUCAUAUCUAAAAGCUCCAGUUUCAUGAAUGCAUUAAAAAUGCUUCCUAAUCUUUUCUAACACAAGGUAUUUCAAGUUGGAAAUAUUAGAAAACAAAUGAAGCUUAGUUAGUGUGUCUUGGAAAUAAAAGCAUUAUAAAAGACAUUAUAAUCAUAUACAUAAAUUAAAAUAAUAAUUGUGGAAAUGGGACAGAACAAAAUAAAUUCAUAUAUAUAUCAUGCAGAAUAAUACAAACCACCUUGCUUAUGGAAGACUGGAACUCCUGAGACAUCUCUGACCGUGUGUGGUAUCUAAACAUAGUUGUGCAGGGUUAGCAACCUUCCUCCUUAAGCUCACGUGCUUUCUGAGAGUGUGUUUCUGUUUUUUUAUUUAUUUUGUAAGGAGCUCGACUCCUAAAGAAAUGUAACUUAACAUAGAAUAUUAAUUUAAAACACUUGGCAACUGAACUCAUACCGUAUUGCAGCUUAAAACUUUAUACUGUUUUUAAGCAGGUACUAGGGCACUUGUUUAAAAUGUAUAAUUGACAUGUAAUAAAUUCCAGUAUAAUCUAAUAAUAUAAUGUUUUUCAUCACAAUUCUUAUCAGGAGAAAGGCAAUGAAUGAUUAAGCUAACCUAUGGAUUUCAAUAAGUGGUUCAGACUUUUUAGGAUUCAAGAAAUUAAAAAGUAUACACUGAAACAGGAAACCUCACAUUGUACAAAGACAAAAAUCAAUUGCACCAACUUUUCUCUGGGAUGUUAUCUGCAGUAAUUAUUAAAAAAAAAAACACAGGAAAUAAGCAUGACAUGAAACAUUUUUUUUUGAAUGAAUAUUUAGAUUGUGAAGACUAAACCUUACAGACAAUGUAGUGCUCAAUAAAUGAUAUUUUAAAUGAGAUUAAACAAGUAUUGGUCAGUUUUGUGAAAUGGUUCAUACAGUGCACAGUCACAGGGAGCCAUGACUUACAGCAGCAGCACCAACCAAGGGCGGCCAGCAGUGCGCCGUGUGGCAGAGUGGCAACAGCAGUCGGCCUCCCAGGAUGUCUUCAGAGUAAGACAGUAAACACAUUUACUAAACCUGCAUUUAGGGAGCGUGAUGAGAUGGCAGUCCAUCACAUUACAUAUGCUAUUACUAUUGUCAACUUCUACUUCAUAUAAAGUAUUUAAAAACUUGAAUAUAUAUCUAACCAUGUACGUCAUUUUAAAUUGACACCUGCAGUAAUAUAAAACCUUUAUUUAAAAUGCAAGUCAAUGGAAAAACCGAGCAAGCCCUGUCUGCUUAAGGCAGCUGCCUCACAGUACUUGCACCACAGCGCCAUCUUCAUGCAGUUUGCAAUUUUCACCAAAUGUUACCUUUUGUUUUGUUUUAUUUUGUUCCUGAGGAAUUCACUUUCUUUUCAUGAUUCAAAAGAGAAUGUCAAGGUUUAUUAAACAGGACUGGCACUGGACUGUAGUGUUACCCCUCACAAUAUAUCAAACAUAGUAAGUUUAGAAAAUGUUAUGUUUUGUACAAAAAGUAGCUAAAAAAAUGUAAACCAUCAACUCAUUAUAUUAUAACACUAUGUAAUAAUUUCCAAGAGUGUUUUGUCUUUUUCUAACCCGCAUUUUCUUGACAUUUUGUUUAAACUAAAUAAAAUGUUCAAACACGA